UAUUGUGCCUCUAUUUUUUCUCCCUCUCUUGUCCACCUCUUCACCCCUCACUCCUCGUCAGAGGCAAUUUCGCCGCACCUCGCCGCUCCCCAUCCCAUCAGUCUCUCUCGAGAGUACGUACGCGGAGGUACGUGGGCGUGCAGGCCCUUAAAACUCUGUCGGUGAGUAUUUGUUUCGGACGUCAUUGGCCUGGGUAGGCGACAUGGAGGCGCAGCUAGACAGUCGUCGACCAUUGGUAGCCGACGAUCUUGGGCGGUUGCGAAACCACGCCUCUUCGUCACCGAACGAGAUGCAUCAGCUCGCCACUUCGUCUACAUCGCCACCAUCGACUUGCCACGCACCUGGGACAGGUCCUUCGAACGUAGUCACACCGGCUGCAAACACCGCGACGACCACGACAUUGAGGCCCGAAGCGAGAAGGGCGUACGAGGAUGGAUCGAGACUCGGUGUUGACGACUCGUCUUCCUCAUCCACCCCAUGGCCCUGGUCUAAGGGGAUUCAAGAGGAUAGCAUCGCUUCUCAGACAUCCACAGGUAUGGCUCCAGGUGCACUGUCAGGCUACGAGGCUCUGCAACAGGCUGCAAACUAUGCUACGCUGGCCAAGGCAACGUCAUCAGAUAUGUCAAAGGUGGCGACAUCAUCAUCGUCGUCUUUUAGCCCCGACAAAUACUUGUACCACAACAACAACGCCAAGUCUGUCCGUCCGGUCAACGUCGUCAGGGCCUCACCUCGUGGAAGUCGGAAUAUUGCAGAGAGUCCUUCUCCCACGUCGGACGACGCCGAGGUCGACGGUGGUUCUAUUGCCUUGAUGGACGCUCCACGCCUCUCGACAUCUUCCACUGGGAGCAGUUCUGCCAGCGAGGUCCGUACGCCUGAGUCGGCGCAUCUCAACCCAAGUUGGGCUCCAGCCCAGCAGCAGCAGCAGCAACCAUCUCGGGAACGCCAAAGUCAGCAACAACAACAACAACAGCAACAAGAUUUGUAUCAUCGCCAUCCCUCCUCCUCGCCUCCAAUCGUAGAUUACGCCCAGAGGAGCGACAUACUAGAAUCGGCGAAUGUGGCGCUCAUGGAGGCAGCAAGGACAAUGGAUGAUGAGCAGCAAGAUCGGGAGCAGGAUUACUCUAAUUCAACAGCCUCGACGCUUCGUUCAAAACGGCCAGGAGGUCCGUUUCGCAUGCCAUCGAGUGGGGGCCAGACGGAUGCAACGGCCAAGCCGUCCCCACCGUCAUCGACCUCGACACGGUCAUCGGCUGUCCAAACGCCGGCGGCCAGUGGCAAUGGUGCUGGUGCAACACAGAGCAACGCUGUCGCUGGAGAGACGACUCGACAAGAACGGGGCACGCUUUCCCCUCCUUCGAUUCACACUCCGCAAGCCGCUUCACCCUCAUACCCCUUCCCCAACAGCCUUUGGAAUAUGCAACCAGCGCCCAGAUCGCCUGGGGAGAGUGACAGCGGCGAAAGUGGCAGCUCGGUAAGCCAAGCUUUUGCGUCGGUCGGUGGUCCACAGGCGCAAUCGUCAUCGUCAUCCAUUAUUCCUCCGGUGGCCAGCCCUGAUUCAUGGCGGUCGCUGCUGCCCUCGCACGACCCCUUCUACGCCUCGAGCGAGGAGCUUGCCCACAAGCUGAACGUGGGAUCUGCUCAAAUGGGUGGCGGCGCUGCAGGAAGCGCAGACAGCCAUCUUUACCGUGGGCAUGUCCCCGCUGACCGCAGGUUUUCCAAUACAAGCCAGGCUAGCACCCUGUCGUCCUUUUCUCUGCCCGGUCCCACUGCAGUGUCCACCUACGCCGCGUCCACCGGUUCUUCGUCCAACGACCAAUUGGACAGCUAUGGCGCCUUCACCAGUGGCAGCCGCGCUGCCUUUGCCCCUCUCCAUCGGCAUCUCUCCUCGUCUCUCUCCAUCGCAUCGUCUCUGGGCGGCUCCGAGUCUGGGCCCUCUCCUUCUUCGCCGAGAGCAGUAGCGUCGGACAACGGCCAUGGAGUCAAUGCUCGCGACGCUUUUGCCAAAAACUGCACAAACUCAUCUGGUACAGGUGAUCACCACGCUGGGUCCUCUUCGUACGAAAACGGCCUUAAUCAGCUUCCUGGCUUCGCCAGAAGGCACGCGAGCUUCUCGACCUUUGAUCAAUCCUCGAAACCCUCAAAAGUCGCAAAUGGCCGUUCAAGGAUGCUAGGAGCAACGCACGCUCCCUUUGUCCAUCCUGAAGCCCAUACGAGCUACUCGUCCUCCAGUGCUCUUGCAGGCGAUGGCGACCGCGAAAGAUGGCCAAGCAGUCGCAAUUCGACCCAGAGUCUGAGCCUUGGCCCAGAGCCCUCGCCGACGCACAAUGGUCAGGCCAUUGAUGCCGGCGAUGCCCAUGCGGGGUUUGGAGGCGGUCUGAAACCUACGCUGGAGUACAGCACCGGAGGUGUCUCCUCGCCGGCCUUUUCGGCGGAACCCUCAAGCAUCCUGAUACCCUCGAGUGCGCCACCGCGUGUCUCGCAGACCACAGAGGGCCCGUCGUCGACGACGACGAUGACCACUUUCACGACCUUGACGACAACGACGACAACGACUACAGUGUCGCAGGGCCAGACGCAGACGCAGACGCAGACUCAGACUCAGGUUCACUCGGCCACGUCGCCUUCGUCAAUCGAGCCUCCAAGGCCGCCGGCUCACGCAGCUCAGGGCUUGACGCGCAGUGCAUCUCAGAUGGCGCCCUCGUCGAGCUCAGACUACGAAGUGUCUCCCUUUUCGCCUCCGUCCUUGCCCUUCUUGGAUCCCCGGCCUGCGCCGUCGAGCACGGAUCUGUCCAUUGAGACGUAUCCUCAUCACUACAUGCUCAAGACGACGCUGCCCGGCUUCGAGCUUGAGGCAAUCACAUUGGCCACGCAGCACCAUCGUCAGCUCCUUAUCGUGGCCGACAAGUGGGACGAGGAACAGGGCGGCCAUUUCGAAAGGCGCGUCACCUUUGGCUCCGACGUCAACCUCAGAGGUACACGCGCACAAUUUGACGGCAACGUGCUCUACAUCCAAGUCCCGAAGAAGGGCAUCGCUGAUGGGAUGGCGCCAACGACCCUUCGCAAAUUUUAGUGGUCGCUUGCAUUGCCUUGCGACAAUCACUCCGUAAUCUUCUUCUCACUCCCUUGUCUGGACGUCGACGCUCGUCUCGUCCCUUUCCUUGCCUGCUAC